CGCCAGGACGUGACGUCACCACCCCGGUUGGACGUUGUUCUGCUCAGUGACAACAUUCAGGAGGGGAAGGGGAGAGAAAAGGUUGAGUUUUACUUUAUACCGGGGAGAAUGCGCUCCCUUAUCGGACUAUCCGUUGUUGUGACCGCAGCCACCCUGUACCUUUACUGUCUGUCUCUGUACCUUCCUGCUGGACCACGAAGAAAACCUCAGCCGUGUCCAGAGGAGAGGGAGUCCCAGCAGAGCUGCGACAUCUCCGGGGAACUCAGCAGGUUGAAGUUUCCAUCAGACCUGGAGGAGCUGCGGGAACUGUCUGAACUCCUGCAGUUUUACAAAAGGGAGCACACCGCAUAUGUCCUGCUCCUGUUCAGCAGCGCAUACCUCUACAAGCAGUCCUUUGCCAUCCCUGGAUCAUCUUUCCUGAACAUUCUUGCAGGAGCUAUCUUUGGCCCGUAUCUAGGACUGCUCCUUGCCUGUGUGCUCACCACGGUGGGCUCCACCAUGUGCUACCUCCUCUCCCAAGCCUUUGGAAAACAACACAUCAUAAAUCUUUUCCCAGAGAAAGUUUCCAUGCUCCAGAAAAAGGUGGAAGACAAUCGGGACUGUUUGUUCUUCUUUCUGCUCUUCCUGAGAUUUUUUCCCAUGACUCCCAACUGGUUCCUGAACAUAUCUGCCCCCAUCGUCAACAUCCCUAUCACAUACUUCUUUUUCUCCGUGUUUAUCGGCCUGCUGCCCUACAACUUCAUCUGCGUGCAGACGGGCGCCAUGCUGUCCGAGGUGUCCUCGCUGGACGACCUGUUCUCCUGGGAGCACCUCCUGCAGCUGCUGGCCAUUGCCUGUGUGGCUCUGGUGCCCAGCGCCCUCAUCCGGCGCCUCAACCAGCGGCGUGUCAAGCUGGCCGUCCAGCCCCAGAAUGGACUUGACUCGGAAAAGAAGGUGCAGUGACCCCGCAGGAGGGCUUAUACGUUUUUACCCAGUUUUCAGAUGCCUUCUGCUCUCCAGAGCAAACAUUUUCAAAGUGGCAGCUGUUCAGAAACACUUUGACGCCUGUGUUGUUGUUUUCGGUUAUGGAUCGCUUUACCCCCUGCCGGAAUUGUGUGGAGAUCAACAGGAAGCACUGCUUUUCUAAAAACUACAAAUGCAUUUGAUGGACUUUUUAAAAAAAAAAAGAAAGAAAAAAAGAAAUGUUUUCCAGUUUUGGUGUUUUGUAGCUACAGUAUUUGUGUAAUGUAUGAAUGUACAGGAAUCAUGAAGAGGAGAGAAGAUCUUUUUGCACUCAUGUUUGACAACAAGAGUUCUGCUUUAGUUUAAAUUUUGCUUUCAAAGUGCCUGUUUUGUUUUGGCCUUUAAAUUCUACCUCCAUGGACUCACUGAAAUAUUGAUGUGAAAACCGCGAAAGGCCUGCCCGUAUUCCUGCAGAUUAGAUGAUGUCUCAUGGGUUUAUGCUUGUCCUUUUUCUAUUUGUAACUUAAAAAUUGGCUAGUCUUAAGAAUCCACAUCAGUCAGUCGCAACAUUAAAGCGUACCAGGCCUUAAAUGUUCACUAAUAUAAAAGAACAAAAGUAAGGGGCCAAGCUUUUGUAUCUAAAGCCACUGCAUGUGCCUGGAAAGAGCCCAGAUGAACAAAGGCUUCGUUCACUAAAUCCACUGGACCCACAGCCGAUACCCCACUGUCACUUCAGGAGAUCUGGAGUUUCCCCUGUUCACAAUCUGAAGGGCCACUGUUGUUUUUGUGGAGCAGAAAAAUCUUCACAUCCUACUAUUUUAAAGUGGGUAACGAUGGGCUUUUCUUUAAUGCUUUUCCGUUCUUACUGUUGAAUUCUUUACUGAAUUUGAACUGCAAAGUUAUUUCUGACCUGGUGAAGCUUUGAGGUACAAACUCUCUUUUUAUGAAUUGUGUGUCUAUCUGUUUGCUGUGGGUGAACUUUUUUAUGCCUUCCUUUGAAAAAGGUUUUGCAUUUGCCUUUUCUAUUAUCGAGGUGUCAAUUAUUUUAAAUGUAAUGUUCAACAUUGUUAGUAUUUACAAACAAAGCACAUUUUAAUCCAGCACUUGGCUUCUGUACUGGGAUACCCAGUUAAGAUAAGUAAAAAGCCUUAAUGUAAAGGAAUCUUUCAUUGUAGCAAAAUCGAACAUUAACCCAUCGGAAAAACUUAACAUUAACAUGGAAGGUUUUUUUUUUACAGAAUGUAAUUUUUGCUGUAAUUCUUUUAAAGUGAAUAUAACUUCUAAUAUAUUUUUUUCAAAGUUGAGCUGUUUCAAGGAACUUUUAAAUUGCUACUAUUUAAAAUGGAAAAGACAAUAAGUCAGACUGAUCUGUGUUGAUCUUCAAAAGCUACUUGCUUAAACUUUCUCCUAUUUACAGCCAGAGCAAUAAGAAAAUGAAUCUUUAAAACAACUAACUGUGACAGCCAAGACUGGGCAAGAAAGGCAAGUCAGAACAGGAUGGUGAGAGGUUAAAAAUGCCCCCUUAGCGACCACUACAUACUCUGUACACACCAGUGAGGAACCUUUAUACCUUAACAAACAUAAAAUCACUGCGUUUUAACUGGAAAUGUCUGCUUUGCUCAGAUCAGACUAAUUAUGCACCUGCAGUUUGGGCAACACCUGCAGUUGCCCAAACUGUGGGUGUUGAGUGUGGAAAAAAAAAAGGACAAAUCUGCGGAAAGGCCCUCAUGUCUAGUGUGAUCCUGUCGCCUGUUUCUCAUGUAAAGGUUAGUGGAUGGCAUUAUGAGCUCUUUCAGGUGUCAUCACCAUUUUAAAUGCAAACUGAAAUGGUUGAUAGAAAACUGAACAACCUUCUAUGGGCUUCUCAAUCCUGUAUGAAACUGACUCUAAAUGCUCCAACCUUGUUAAAUGUUACAGGAGAUGAUUGGCAGUAGAGGGUUAUAAAAAGGUAUUUAGGACAAGUGUGCUUAUAAGUGAAUGUACUCAAAUUAAAGCUUGUUCUUUUUCUAAAAUGCUUUAGUGUUAUAUUGUUGCUCCAAUAAAAGAUUAAUUUAUUUCAAGGCUUUUUACAAGGGUGCUAAUGAACACAAUCGGUUCUGUAUUAGGACUCGGUUUGAAGCUGGAAAAAUACAUUGGACCAUCUUCAUUUAUUUCUAUUUAAAUUUGAUGUGCAAUAUUGUUUUCUGAAAGUCCCUCCUGUUGUUGGAGUUGUUGUAAUACAAGGACUUCUUUGUGCAAUGAUGGGUUUUGCAGGUGUAAGUGUUUCAAGUAAUAAAAACAAAACAAGCUUU